CCUACAAAUGGCACGGCGCCUGUCGUCGCUUCCUCCGCUGCUUUCGUUGCCCUGGUGGUCGGACAACGCGAACGUGUCCAGCAUGCAGAACGACAUCCAACGCUGCUCUGAGCGCAAACACGACCCUUACAUGCAAAUAUUUGCUAAGCUUCAGACAGUUGCCAGCGUUUGCCUAAGCAAUGAGCUGGAAGGCACUGUGCCCGCAACUCACAACGCUGUCGACCUGUAUAAAUGUGUUGAGAGCGAGCUGGAAUACCCCAGCGGUGCCGCGCUGCCGGAGCCGGCACCGGCCUGGCCAGCGGAAGGUGGACACAGCGAAACCCCCACUCAGGCGCAGCUGCAGCAGCACGUGCGGGCGUUGGUGCACCUCCUCAAUGUCUCGGAGCUGACCAGCGCGGAGUUGAAGACCACGCACAAAACCUUGAUGUGGGGCGCAACGGAUGUGACGCCUGGCGAGUACCGCAACACGUCGGCGCAUUCGGGCACGGGUUACGUAUACCCCGCGCCGGAGCUCAUCCCCGCCGGCGUGGAAGGGGUUCUUGAAGCCUUCCGCAGCGAUCUGGCGCUGGUCAACGCUGGCGAGCUCGACGUCAACAUCAUGGCAGCCAACCUGUUCUACGGCAUGAUCACGCUGCACCCGUUCCAGAACGGCAAUGGCCGGCUAUGCGGGCUGCUGGCGUCCUACGCGCUGCAGGCUGCGGGUGACCCGUUCCCGGUGAGCCUGUUCAACGGCCGCACGAAGUCCAGGCAGCACUUCCAGCAGGCCCUGCGCUACGCUGACACGCGGUGCGGCAGCGAUAACCUUGUGCGGCUGGCCGCGUAUAUCCUGGAGUGCCGCCAUUUCGCCUGGCAGAACUUCAUCCGCAACCUGCAACAUCAGUAAAGGAACGUCUACAGCUCUGAGCUGCUCCCUAAGGCUACCGGAGCACGAGGGUGGCCCCCGCAGGGCGGCGGAUCGCUCGCUCCAGCUCAAGAUGCCCUACCUUACAGGAGCUCAGUUGUUCGCUUUCAGGAGUGGUCGUUACGGUUCAUGCUGCCAGGCAGAUUUUCGCGCGGUUGUUGGAAGGGGGUGGCCCGUCAUGUCCUUCAGCAGCUAUGCCUUGUGUCAUUGGUGAUGCGAUCACCGACUGUGGCUGUUAGUGGGAGCAUUGUGAGGACGGGCGUGAGAGGGAGGCGGACCAGAGAGCAUUGGCCAAUUGGCUGCUGAAGGUCAAUGAGAUGCGUCUGUGCGGUACUGCUGUGCUGGCUGCACUGCCGACUGACCGCAACACAGCGGAGUGGAAUUGGCAGGCAGGCUGAGGCUGUAGCUGCGAGAGGCCAUGGGAUGUAAUGUAGGGGGUCUGAUGGUCGUGCCGUGUUAUGCUGGUGCGUCGUGGUGUUAAGCAACAAGGACUUGUUGAAUAUGGGGUACGAAGGCGGCUGGUGUGUCAUCCCUCUGGCUGGUGUGAGUGGCUUUCGGUAAUCGUGCGUGGGACCACGUCAAAGUAUUGAAUUACGUUUGCGGACAAGCACAAGAAACAUGUUGCUGGAGAACUGCAGCCCAGCAGAAUGAGCUGUUAGGCAGCAUGCAUCGGAUUGAGCACGCGGUAAACACAGACACAGGAAUGCGGUGGUACAGAGGGAACAACCCGAGUGUGCAUCACCAACCCGUGCAUCACCAACCCGGGGUUGCAAUUUGCAAACCGUUCCGCAAGCCAAGUCCAAUGCAAAAACCCAACGCCAGGUUGUGUUGCACUGGUGACGGGCCUGCAUCGGGCUGUGGCAUGUCAGGUUCAGUAAAAAGCAUCGCGACAUCGGCUGUGUCAAGUGAUGGCUGAAGGGAUGGGACGCCAGAUGGGACGCCAAGCCGCGGCAACAACGCGUCGUACCGC